UUGGGGUCAUGGAGCCCUCACCAGGUCUCAUUAAGGGGCCCCAGGGUGACUUCUGUUAUUAUUCUGGCAAGAUUUGUUUCAAGGAAUGGCUGGAAUCUCUGGAUCACCGUCAUCUUGUCAGGGAAACUGUUGCAUCCUAGAGAGAACAAACUAAACAAGUCGAUUAAAAGAAGUCAAGGGCCAAAGAUCAGUAAAAGAAUUAUUGUAACCAGAGGCCCAAGCAGGAGUAAGAACCAGGUUACAUUUGGUAACAGUUUUGAUACUAGUCCAGAUAGAGUCAGUGCUUGGCUUAUCCUGUCCAAAGAAUGGAACCAUUUGGCCUGGUCAUAUAUUUUUGAUGUCCUUUUCUAUUAACCCAGUGUGAUUGUUGUAGGUGUUACAGCCCCAGUUAGAAGCAGUUGGUGGACUGACAACCUGAACAUUAAUAGACAAAACAGAUCUCAUUUUUUUUUUCCAGGAGAAUAAGCCUGAGACCCAAUAUGGACCUGGUGCUUCGGGGAGACUUGUAGCCAGGUAGCCAGUUGUCUAGUUUUAUCUAAGUAGGUUUUAACCUUUGAUGUAGUAUUAACACAUAAAUAACGGGAGCUAUUGGUCACUACACAUGUCCCUUCUUUCUGUUAAUGUAUGAUCUAAAGCAAUUUUAUUUUUUAAAAAUGUAGUAGUUACAAAAGGAGACCUUGAAAACGUAAGGUUGUAGCUACCAGCUGUCAGCUGGUAUUGUCCUGAGAACAGAUGGUGGCGUCAAGUUUGACACAGCUCAUAAAACUUAAGUUCUCAGCAAUACAAGGUCUUUUCUGAAAUCACGCCCAUAGUGUCACCUAGUAUUACCAUGGAUGGCUGAACCAUAGCUCCUUCAUUUUGACUUUUAAUUGUAAUUUUUCCCUUAGUAGCCAAAGCAGGUGUCACCAUUAAUGAUUUUAGUGUUUUUCUAGGUAUGAGAAGAGGCAAGAAUUUGGUAUCAAAAACAUCCUUACCUGAAAAUAUCUAACUAUCUGAAGGUCUGUUCUGUCACUUUUUCCCAGAGCACAGAGUGCCUCAUUUCUGAUUUCCAUCCCGAACUCUUUUCAUGGGAUGUUGAAGGUCAGCAGCUGAAGCAGCUCAUGAUUUAAUCCCUGUAGAGGCAGAUGGCGAUUAAUGUGGAUCUGACUCAUAUUGAAAAUAGAAUUGGUGACAUUGUUAAAUCAGAAAAACAUGUUCAGCUAGUGUUGGGACAACUGAUAGAUGAGAGCUAUUUGGAUCGAUUAGCAGAAGAGGUAAAUGAUAAAUUACAGGAAAGUGGUCAGAUAACCAUAUCCGAACUGUGUAAAACCUAUGAUCUUCCUGGAAACUUUCUGACACAGGCACUAACUCAGCGACUAGGUAGAAUUAUUAACGGACACAUUGAUCUUGAUAACAGAGGAGUAAUAUUUACUGAAGCUUUUGUAGCUAGACAUAAAGCACGCAUCCGUGGGUUGUUCAGUGCUAUUACCCGGCCUACAGCAGUGAAUUCUUUGAUUUCAAAAUAUGGAUUUCAGGAGCAGCUUCUUUACUCUGUUCUUGAGGAACUUGUUAAUAGUGGACGCUUACGAGGCACUGUGGUUGGUGGGAGACAGGAUAAAGCGGUGUUUGUCCCUGACAUUUACUCCAGAACACAAAGUACUUGGGUGGAUUCUUUUCUCAGGCAGAAUGGCUAUCUGGAAUUUGAUGCUUUGUCCAGACUUGGAAUCCCAGAUGCUGUGAGCUACAUAAAGAAAAGAUAUAAGACUACACAACUCUUGUUUUUGAAAGCAGCUUGUGUUGGUCAAGGACUUGUGGAUCAGGUGGAAGCAUCAGUAGAGGAAGCCAUCAGCUCUGGAACAUGGGUUGAUAUUGCACCUCUGCUACCCAGUUCCUUAUCAGUGGAAGAUGCUGCAAUAUUGCUUCAACAUGUGAUGAGGGCACUCAGCAAACAGGCUUUAGCUGUAGUCUUUAGCGAUACUAUUGUAGUCAGUGAAAAAUUUAUAAAUGAUUGUACAGAACUGUUCAGUGACCUGAUGCACCAAAAAGCUGAAAAGGAAAUGAAAAAUAAUCCUGUUCAUUUAAUCACUGAAGAAGAUCUGAAACAAGUCUCCAUUGUAGAAAGUGUUAAUACAAGUAAAAAGGAUAAAAAAGAUGAACGAAGGAGGAAAGCAACAGAGGGCAGUGGAAGUGUGAGAGGAGGAGGUGGCGGCAAUGCCAGAGAGUACAGAAUUAAAAAAAUCAAGAAGAGAGGGAGAAAAGAUGACAACAGUGAUGAUGAGUCAUCUCACACAGGAAAGAAGAAGCCAGAGAUCACUUUUAUGUUCCAGGAUGAGAUUGAAGAUUUUUUAAGAAAACAUUUACAAGAUGCCCCUGAGGAGUUUAUUUCUGAACUUGCUGAGUACUUAAUAAAACCUCUAAAUAAAACUUAUCUCGAAGUGGUACGUUCAGUAUUCAUGUCUUCAACUUCUGCCUCUGGAACUGGCAGGAAGCACACGAUCAAGGACUUGCAAGAAGAGGUUUCAAACCUUUAUAAUAAUAUUCGAUUAUUUGAAAAAGGGAUGAAGUUCUUUACAGAUGAUACCCAGGCUGCUCUUACGAAGCACUUGCUGAAGACAGUGUGUACUGAUGUCACUAAUCUCAUUUUCAACUUCUUAGCUUCGGAAUUAAUGAUGGCAGUAGACAAUCCUGCAACCAUUACAAGUGAAGUAAGAAAAAAAAUUCUAAGUAAAUUAUCAGAAGAAACUAAAGUAGCUCUCACAAAACUCCAUAGCUCUCUGAAUGAAAAGAGCAUAGAAGACUUUCUUUCUUGUCUGGAUUCUGCAGCAGAAGCUUGUGAUAUUAUGGUGAAAAGGGGAGACAAAAAAAGGGAAAGGCAGAUACUGUUCCAGCAUCGACAAGCACUGGCUGAACAGCUAAAAGUCACAGAAGACCCUGCUCUUAUUCUGCAUCUCACAUCGGUUCUGUUGUUUCAGUUCUCAACCCACAGCAUGCUCCAUGCACCUGGAAGAUGUGUCCCACAGAUCAUUGCUUUUCUGAAUAGUAAAAUUCCAGAGGUUCAACAUACUCUUUUAGUAAAGUAUCAAGGUUUGGUUAUAAAGCAUUUAGUCAGUCAAAAUAAGAAGACUGGGCAGGGAGAAGAUCCCUUGAGUGAUGAAUUGGACAAAGAACAAGAAGAUAUCAUCGGUAUGACUCGUAAAGAGCUUCAAGAACUUUCCUCAUCCAUUAAAGACCUUGUUGUCAAAUCCAGGAAAUCAUCAGUGACAGAAGAGUAAUGAUUUUAAUUUACUUACUGUUGUCAUAUAGUAAACAUUUUUUCCCCAAAAUUAAAGGUGAGUGGCUACAAAAAAGAAUACACAUUUCACAGUCCAGAAUCCCACACUCACAAUUCAGUUAAAACAGUAGUGUUGUAUUCAUUGUAAAUCUUAUAAAGAUAUGAAUUUUUGUAAAUUGGGUUCUCCGUGGAAGAUUUCUUUUUCACAUUAUUCUAAAAAUUUAUACAUUUCAGGUUUAUUUUCUUUCUAGAUGCUGAAUGAAGAAUAAAUUUUCUGCUAUCUUUUAUCUCUAGGAAAGGACUCAUUUGUUGUGUUAUUGGUUUCAAGUGACAUGUGUAAAUUUACACAUAUUAAGCAGAAAUUUAAAAUGCAGUCAUUUAUUUUUUGGUGUGGAAAAUAGUGUAUUUUACUUUAAAAUUAAUAGAGAAUGGUUCAAACCUAAAAUACAGAAACUUGAAAAAUAUUUUUUUAUUACUAAGCCCUCGCUCUUAUUUCUGGCAGAUAGAGGGCCUCUCAUCUCCCCCACAAGAGUGAACUUUUAUGUGGGUGGGAGCUUCAGGGAUGUGUUUACAGGUGCAGAAGAACACCCAAGGAGCCCAUGCACUGCUGUGCUCUAUUCUAAAGAAAGAUGCUAACACGAGUGAGAGAGGGCUUCCCUGGUGGCACAGUGGUUGGGAGUCCGCCUGCCGAUGCAGGGGACAUGGGUUCGUGCCCCGGCCCGGGAAGAUCCCACAUGCCGCGGAGCGGCUAGGCCCGUGAGCCAUGGCCAGUGAGCCUGUGCUCCACAACGGGAGAGGCCACAACAGUGAGAGGCCAGCAUACCACGCGAAAAAAAAAAAAAAGAAAAAAAAAAAGUGAGAGAAAAAAUAUAAUUUACUACCGAUAGGUGUAAGUCACAUUUUAACGUUGUAAUAACUAAAAAUUUAAUAUAGUUUUCUUUAACCCAGUUUGCAUUUCUGAAUUUCAUUUUUUUAUAUUAAUAGUCACCAUCACCUAAUACUUUGUUGUAGGGGAUCUAUAAGUGCAUUUAAAUCAUUAGAACUUUUUUUUUUCAAAAAUAGAAAUGCUUAUUAAAAAAUAGGUGUUCUGUAAAGAUUAGUAGUAGUUAAAAGACUAAAAUAGUUCCUUGGAGUAAUCAUUUCAAUCAGAUGAGUUUCAGGCAACAAUUUAUUGUAUAUAAAAGAGGAACUUAUUUAAAAUAGUAAAUUAAAUCUCAAAUAUUUUUUUAAAAUACUGUUUUAUAUAAUACCUUACAUGGCAUUUAAAACUUUUUGAAAAUGUUUGAAUACAAAGAUUGGUCUACCUCUACACUAAUUCUAGACAAAGUAUUAAUAUUGAUUGAAAGAAAUAUAAUUUGCUAAGCAAAGUUGAUUGAUAGGAAUGUAACAAACUAAAAAAUAUUUUCCAUUGCUAAUUUUCUAUUAAUGUAUUUUCAUAAGGGCAAAGGAAGAAAAAUGACAAAUCCUCUGUGAACACAAAUUCCAAUUAGUUGAUUCAGCUUCCAAAAUACUGAACACCCAACCUGAUUUUUUAUUCAGUCUUUAAGGACCUUUUACCAUUUAUGUUUCAAGAGAUAUCAAAGUAAUCCACAUUUGAGUCAAACUAGAUCAUAGACAGUGAAGCAAAUAAAAGCAUUAUGACUUUAAUUUGUGAAAAUAAAAAUAGGAGACAAUGAAGCAAAUAAAAUACUGUCUUGUUUUGUUUGCAUUAAAUUUGUUUCAUUUAUCAAAAUGGUUAUUUUUCCACAGUAAAUAAGAGCAGUUUUUAUUUUUUU